AUACUUAGGCACAAAACAGAGUGAAAUUACUUUCAAAAAGAUUCAUCAAGGAUUGUGCCUCAUAGCUCUUACCAAAAUGGGAAAUCGUAACGUGUACCUGGCUGCCAUAUGUUUUUUAUUCCUUGCAAAAGGAUCGAGCGCCAGAGGUUUCAACCUCAAGAUCGAUGAACCAAACACUGGAGUGGAUCGCCGGCAGGAGAAUGUCCCAGAUAAGGACGUCAAAGACCUGUUCUUUGCCAUAUUGGACAAAAACCAAGACAAGAAACUGUCCGUACAAGAAUUCAACUUGCUCAACUCAUGGGCGGAAGUAUCUAGCAAUUUUGGAGAUAUCUAUCACAAGUUUUGGUCUGGUAGAGAAUCCUCAAUUACUCAAUCCGAAUGGAAUGAUUUGAGGUUUACAGACAAAGACAUCAAAGAUAUGACAAAACCCUUUGAAGAUAUUAUCAUUUUGGCUUGAGAGGGAAUUUACUGAGUUGACUAUCUUUCUUCUGAAUUAAAAGAACUGAACAAACCCUGUCUUGCUUCUUUUAUUUUU